CCCCCCCGACCCACUUACAGUAGGCCGCUACAUCUAACGUUGACAAGGACGUGCAGUGAUCGUCAAUUUUGACCGCAACAUAGCAGGGGAAAAGAUGGUAAAGAAGGGUCUACUAGAGCGGCUUGCGGAGGGUCCGGUAGUAGGGGACGGCAGUUAUGUGUUUACCAUGGAGAAGCGGGGUUACGUCAUGGCCGGGCAGUGGACUCCAGAGGUCGUCAUCGAGCAUCCAGAGGCGGUGAAGCAGCUACAUCGAGAGUAUCUACGCGCAGGCGCAGACAUUCUCCAGGCCUACACGUUCUUUGCUUCAGACGAUAAGCUGAACCUACCUGGCCACGCGGCCGGAAAGAUCACCACGUGUAAAGAACUGAAUGAGCGUGCCAUCGACAUCGUGAGGGAGGUAGCCGGUGACGCGGACGUGCUGAUCUCCGGAGGGGUGACCAUGACUCCCUCCUACAAGCAGGGCAAAGGGAAGGAAGCUGUGCAGGCAGAGUAUCGCAAACACGCAGAGGUCUUCAUCGAGAAAGAUGUGGACUUUCUGUUGGCUGAAUUUAUCAACCAAAUUGAAGAAGCUGAGUGGGCCAUUAAAGUGCUGAAGUCCACAGGGAAGCCGGUAGCCUGUACCAUGUGCAUUGGACCCACCGGGGACUUCGUGGAUGUGCCGGCGGGAGAAUGCGCCGUCAGAAUGGCUAAAGCCGGCGCAGACGUGGUCGGUUUGAACUGCCAGUUUGACCCCAACUCGGGUCUGAAGACCAUGAAGCUGAUGAAGGAGGCGCUGGAGAAGGAGGGCCUGUCUCCAUUCCUGAUGAUGCAGCCGCUGGGCUUCUUCUGCCCCGAGGUGGAGAACGAGCAUCCAGGCUACGCCAUGCUGCCGGAGUGUCCAUUCGCUUUGGAGCCUCGCCUGCUGACCCGGUUUGACGCCAACCGGUACGCGCGCGCCGCCUAUGAGCUGGGAGUGAGGUACAUCGGCGGCUGCUGUGGGUUUGAACCUCACCACAUCCGGGCUAUAUCUGAAGAGCUGUCCCCUGAACGCGGCGGGAAGCUUGGGGAGGCCAGCUCCAAACACAUCCCCUGGGGAGAAGCUCUAAAGACCAGCACGUUCCUGCAGAACAGGAUGAAGGCCACCCAGGAACACUGGAAAACGGUGAAGCCAGCAUCUGGGCGUCCGGGGCACCCUGCACUCCAACCCAAACUUAUGGGCCAGUAAUAUCCGUAGUGUCCUCCAACAUGCUUACGAAAGGGUGAUCAUUAAGUUCUCGGUCCUACCCAGAAAAAAGGGCACAGCUCAAAAUUCGAAGUUGUGCUUAUUAAUCUGAGUUGUGCUUAUUAUUUCUGGAUGAAACCGAGAAAGUGUUGAUCGUACAUCCAUAACGUUGUUGGUUAGAGGACAACAUUGGCGACAAUUGUAUCAAAUACAAUGUGUGUGCCGAGGUAUUUGAAAGUAUAGAAUAAACCAUGAAAACAAUGGCCUGUCUGGUAUACGCGAACAAAGUAUAACGCAAACUCCGCUGUCCGAGAUCCAGUACUGUAACAGGCCGCUAGGGGACCGGCGGAUGUUCGGCUGGCCGCUAUAAGCGUCAUUUAAUCAGACUAACUAACUAACUAGUAUAAAUGCUAAGCUCGCCAUAAUAUAUCGUUGAUAAAAACGCUUUUUGGUGCUUUCGCAGUUCAGAUGAAUAAAUGUUAUGAAAAGGACUUU